UCAACAUAUUCAGCGCAAGAGGCGGUGCAACAGGGGCUGAGCCUGUCUGUGGGGAACGAUGAACUGGGGAGCGACAAUGCCACCACUGGUCACUGGUCGUGAUUUCAGCGAUAAGGAGCUGCCGUGGCUGAACUGAUCGGACUGAUCCCCACCGACAGACAUGGUAACACGUGGAUUUAUGUGAGUGCGAGGGCCCGUCGGCUAUCAGAUGAAAUAAGUGGCCGACGGAUGGGUGUGUAGGCCUAUCAGCGACCGCUCCGAUUUCAUUCUCAGUCUUGGAGCCGGCGAUGCGCUCGUUAAAGGAAACGGGCUUCACGCAGACAUCCGGAAAACGCAUCCAUGCGCCACGGCCGCCCCGCAUCCCGAUAUGCGCCUCUGACAAUACAAAGCCUUGCUUCAAGGAGCUACUUUGAGAUACCACACAUGCAAAUUGGCAUGGGUGAGUCUACACGGUUAUUUCGCUAUAUUUUGAGGAUGAGGAUUUGGAGGGCAGUUGUGCAAUGAGACAAUUGGGAAUUAUUAAGUAGACUGUAUUGAUACAUAUUUCGACAAUAUGGCUGAUCAGAGCAACAUCCAGUCUGCCGCCUCCAAGAGUAUCCGGCCCUUUAAAUCCAGUGAAGAAUACCUGUAUGCCAUGAAGGAGGAUCUGGCGGAGUGGCUGAACACCCUGUAUGACCUAGAUAUUACUGCGGACACCUUUAUGGAUGGGCUCGAGACUGGCUGUGCCCUGUGUCGGCAUGCGAACAACGUGAACCGCGCCGCGCUGGACUUCCAGCUGGAAUACCCGGAGGCUGCACAGUCCAUGAAGCUGCCAUGCAAGGAUGUUGUCUUUCAGUCUCGCAACGUUGUCCCUGGGUCGUUUUUGGCGCGGGACAAUGUGUCCAAUUUCAUCGCAUGGUGUAGGCAGGAGCUCUGGAUCAAGGACGUCUUGAUGUUUGAGACCAACGACUUGGUGGAAAGAUGCAACGAGAAGAACUUCGUUCUCUGCCUCCUUGAGGUAGCGCGCCGUGGAUCCAAGUUUGGUAUGUUGGCUCCCAUGUUGAUCCAACUGGAGGAGGAGAUCGAAGAGGAGAUCCGGGACCAGGAGAACCUGCGGGAUGCGGGGGAGCCAGGGGAGCAGAGCUCGCCCAGCAGGUGUUUUAGCCGGAAGGAGAUCAGUGAAAGUGUGGAGGAUGAGCCUGAUCCAGAGCCAUACAUCUGGCAGCAGAAAAGAGUUUUAUGUGACAUGCGAAAUUUGGAUGAGUUGGUGCGGGAGAUUCUUGGCCAGUGUUCCUGUCCAGCUCAGUUUCCCAUGACCAAGGUGUCGGAGGGGAAGUACAAAGUGGGAGAUUCCAGUGCACUGAUCUUCAUAAGGGUUCUUCGUACUCAUGUGAUGGUGCGUGUGGGGGGCGGCUGGGACACAUUAGAACACUAUUUGGACAAGCAUGACCCGUGUCGCUGUGCUGCUUUUGCCCACCGUUACCACCAAGCUAAGGCCAGUGGCCAGGGUGCCCAGAGUAAGUCCUCAAGUGCACACUCCUCCCGCUCCACUAGCCCAGGUCCACACUGGCGUAAUGAUGGCAUUGCUCCCUAUAAACCCCCUGACAGACGCUCCCUAGAGCCUCCCUCCACCUCAUGUACCCCCUCAUGCUCUACACGGCCUGGCCGCUCUCAGCACCCGUCUGCCCCCUCCGAGUCUGACUCCAGCACUGGGCGCACUCUGCUGCCGCGGCCCCCACGAGACCGCUCAGAGCCCCGCCACUUUAAUCCUCUCAGAAACAAGGAGACAAAGUUGCCAGUGACAAGGCGUCUAUCUGGAGACAGUGACUCCUCUACAGCCUCCUCUAAGGGAGGAGGAGGAGGGGGACGCUACUCAGUGGGGAACACCCCACGUCGCUCUGGUGAAGAGGUAGUCCUACUUGUGAACCGUAAGGAGGGGAAGCAUGUGAUCGAAAGGCCUGGGGCUGGAGCUCACAUCCCAGCCUUGCGCCCCCCACUGCCACGUGCACGCAGCCACUCUCGGGAACGCACUACACUUGCUCCUGCGCUCAAACCUAAUCCUCCACAUGGACCCUCUGAUGGGACCCGGACCUCCCGCACAGAAAGGGGGCGAUCCCUUGGGAAUGAAGGCCCCCGGAGACUCCAACCUCCACGCUCCCAUAGCCAGGGUAAGUUACCUAGCCGCACUCGGUCGAAUGAUAGCAGCCCUGGACCCUCUUCUGCCUACAGAGACCCACAGCCCCCACCCUCAGACAGACAGGAAGACCUUCGAGCCAAACAAGUACCCCCAUCCUCCCCCAGAGUAGGUGGUGGUGUCUCCAGGAGACAGUCAUCCUCAUGCUCCAACUCACCUGUCAAAGGGGUCCAGAGCAACAGCAGCAGCCCCAGUAAGAAGACUACAGUCACUCCCAGGCCUCCUGCUCCUCGCUCUCCUUCUGUAGGAAAAAGUAGGCUACUGCCCCCAGUCAACUCGGGGGGCCGUCGUUCUCCACACUCCUCCCACCGACACUCUCAUCACCACGGAUCUCGCUCCCCUCGGACCUCACAUGGCCCUCGGUCAGUUGGGCGAGGCCAUCAUAAGAAUUGGGGUGGCCUGGAUCACCAACAGCCAGAGGAGGAAGGACUUAGCUUUGGCUUCCAGAUGCUCCCAGCGUUGGACCCCCAAAGGGAGCAGGACCUCUAUCGCAGCUUUGAGGCUGAGUUCCUGGCCAAUACACAGCAGGCCAGAGGAGGCCCUGGCAGAUCACCAGGGGGAGCCACCCUGCAGUUGGCUGUCUCUGCACACUCACAGCAUGGGUUUGGGAAAGACAUAGUACCAGCCACUGCUGAUUCUAAUGUCACUGACUCUGCUUAUUCUUCUUCCAACUCUUCCACCUCCUCCCUGAAUGUAGGGGCAAAGAUAGGAGCUCUGCCUGACCUCAGGGAAUCCAAGAGAACUAAUCCCCGUCACUACGCACUGGAGGACCCCUUAAAUUUACUGUAUGGCCACAGCUCAGGAGGAUCACAUGGAGACCGUGAGCAUUGGGGGGAGCGUGGAGGGGGUCUGAAGAAGCUCCCAGCCAUCUCUAGCUCGACUGAGGAGAGGGAACUUUCCUGUCUCCCUGGCCUCAGUGACACAGAGACAGCCAGACUGAUGAAUCACAUCCCUUCACAGACUUCUUUCCCCUCUAGGAACAUGAAUGGUGACCAUGGAGGUUGCCCUCCUACAGGGGUGCUGGCUGGCCAGCAGGGUCAACUUGGCUGGGGCUCAGGGCCUGAGGGAGAUGUUCCUCUGGAGAAUCACCAACCAAACUUACCCUGUGACCUGGUGUAUGAUGAUGCUAGUGAUGACCUUCCUCCCCCAGAGGCGUGCCCCUCACCCGUGGCCUUGCCCCCCUCUGAGGACUGCUCUUUUCAGGACUCCUCAAGUGAAAACUCUUCCAUGUGCUUCAGUUUGAGCGAGUCUCGUUCUGAGUCUCCCCCACCAUCCUUACCCCUGGCCAACGGCGACACUGAUGCAGAAGUGCUGCGGUCUAAGAAAGGACAGAAAAAGGCAGAGAGAGUGCCCUCUAUCUAUAAACUCAAACUGAGACCCAGAAUCAGGCCUCGCACUGACAACAGGCCAGACAACAGUCCCUCACGUAUCCCCACUCCAGUCAGCUACAGAGAUCUGCAGGCACACGAUAACCUCUCCCCCUGUCAUACCCCACCACUGUCCCCUCAGAGCUCCCAUCCUAAUGGACACCCAGCGUCACGCAAGGGCCUGCACCAGGCCUUCACAGAUCUGAUCCAUCCCCAGUCACGCUCCCCAGCCAUGGGCAACAAAGAGUGCUCCUACCCUGGACAAUCAGGGAGCAUGGACACUGAAGCCUGGAUGUAGCACAAAAUGGAUGGGUAGGGCACGGGUGGGGUGUUGAAGGGGAGGAUCUGUUGUCAUAUGAAUGCGGACUACUGUGUAAAAAAGACUGGAGACCGGGCUAUAGACUGUUUCCAUUGCAUGUAACACACUCCUUUUUUCAUUUAGUUUGGCCCCUUCUUUUCUGUAGGGGGUUCCCAUGAUUUUUUUGCACUCAAGCCAAAUUAUUUAUUACCAAAGGACUGGUAUGUAAUAUUAAUUUUAUUUGAAUCAUAAUGAAUAGAUGGGGAUUUUUUUUGCCAAUCACAAGAUGUCUUGUGAAAGACCCUUGUGAAAAUCUCAUGAUUGAUGCGACUGCAGAAAGAUAGAGAGAGAGCAUAUGUGCUGCCAUGUGCCACACUGAAGGGCAUGGUAAAGUGCCAGGGACUUGAAAGUACAACCCUAUAAGCAGUGGAACACUACUACAAAUAAAUCAGACGGAUUGGCUCCCUCUUGUGGUUUGCCACAUCCGCUCUGGUUGCCUUGUUACUCAAAAUACUGGUAGGAUGACUGUGAUACCAUUUAUUGUCACACAGCAUUGGUGGUCUUGAUUUAUGGCAUUUAUUUUGCUCAGUAAACUCAAAUCUACAAUACUCUAAUAUGUAACAUAGACAUUUAGGUUACCUCCAUCAUCUCUCCGACUUAACACACUACAUGUGCUAAAUGUGUACACUACCAAUCUCCAUACACUUGCCUGUUAUUAUUACUGUACAAUGUCACCUUCUCACAACCAGUCAAUGUAGUGCAGUAAAAGAUUUGUUUGUAAGUGCUUAGUAUAUUAUAAGCUUUUAAGUUUCUUUUUGAAUGCAGUAAAACAUCAUUUUUACUUUGUUCCUACUGCAAGGUGGACUAAGGGUAAGAUAAUGUGGACCAGAGAAGACUAUAUUAUGUGUCAUUGUCACUGAAACAGAAAUGUUGAGUUCUCCCUUCAACAAUACCUGGAAUUCAAUACUAAAUAUAUGUAUACGCAGACGUCAUAUUCUUUGGAGGAUGAAUGUGUAAAUAUAUGUGCUCACAGAUGUGGGCAUUGUGUGUAUAUAACAGGGGUUGACUAUAAUGUACAUAUUCACUGUAUUAAGUUCUAUGCUGCCUUAGCUAUGCAAUGUUGGUGUUGGAAAUGCCUUGACAAUUCCCUUUGCCUUAAGAUGUAUUUGCAGGUUAGUUUUUGAAUGUUUUUGCCCAACAUCAGUGAAAUCUAUUAAGCAUAAUUACAUUGCCACCCAUUACCAGUUUCUGAAAAUAGGAAAUGGACAGUUUGAGUGUGAAUGUUGGAAGAAUGUGGGGAACGUUGCCAAUUUUGAAUAUGAAGAGUACUUGAUGCCUCUGAAUCCCAGCUAGGCUGUCACAUGAGGGACAUAGUAAAAGUUAUGUGUAUCUUUUGAACCACAGGAUAACCUACUGAGCAAAUUGAUUUCAAUUUGUCUUUUAUAUUACUAAAUCUAUGGGGACACCUAGUGGCUAAAGAAAAAAGUGUUGGACUUUGUAAACAGCACCAAGUAAUGUUUUCUUGACAUGUCUAGCCUAGGAGCCAAGUGAUGCACAGUGCCACUCCUUUCUUCCAUACUCUUGGGAAGAAGGUUUUCUGUGCUGAUUGAUGUAAAGCCAGUAACGGUGGUAUGGUAAGGUGAACUAUGAUACAGAAAGAAUUGCUUUGACUUGAGUGAGUGCAUGUGAAAUAGCACAUGAAUAAUAGAUGAUGUAAUGGAUAUUAAGGUUCUCUUGUUAAAUUCCUGCACAGUUGCCAUCUGUGUGAGAGCAAGAGUCUAUCUGCGUCUGCUUUUGGCGUUUAACAAGGUUUCAACUUUAAGAAAAAAACAUUUUGAACUUGGAAAUACGGGGAUUAAAUUGUCACUUUCUCCAAAAACUCCACACCUGAAAUCAGAAAAAAUGUCCCAAAGUCUGUAUGAAUUUUUGAUAUUUUGCAAUGGUUUUUAUUACACUGAUUGUACAAUGCAUUCUUGGCUUGAUUGGGUCAGGAAAUAUUUUCCACAGAGAAUGUGGGGUCAAGGUCAGCCAUCUGAGUAAAGAAAAAAGAAAGACAAUUUGCAGUCUGACAUUAUAAAAAUGUUAACAGUGAAUGGGGUAGAACUAAAGAGUGUGCAUAUCUUUCAGUGUACAUACUAUAUAAGAAUAUGUACAGGGUAGAAGUUAAGCGGGAAGUAAUGUUGGUCUUAUUUAUUUAUUUAUAAAAUGAAGUCUCAUCGGUCUCAAAUGACAGCUGUGUAACAAGUACUGUUAGUGAACUGUAAGUGUUCAUGGAAAAUCCAAAGAGAGAUGGGGUCCAAUAUGUACAAAUAUCAUUCUUUCACAGCUUCUCUCAGAAAUUUUGCCUGUCUUGCAACACUCAAUUCUGAUUCUUCACUGCUGUGAAUAAUUUGGGAUGUUAGCAACGUUUCUGUUAUGGCCACACUGGCCCAGGUCGAGACUGAUUAUCAGUUUAACUCAGAUGAACAGAUUUUACAUGUAAACAUGCUUUACAUGUAUUGUAGUUGUCUCUGUUUAGAUUAGUUAGUCUGUCCAUGAUGGCUUAUUUUAGAACUUCACAUAUGCAUGAUAAUCAGCUGGUGUCUGAAAAAAAAAAGAAGAAAUUAAACUGUGACGUCAUAUAACCAUGCCAUUACAUCAGGUAAUCACAUAGGAGGUGAUUAUCCUCUCUAAAUUUUUUCUUUGUCCUGCACAAUUUUGCAAAUUUGACAAACCUCACUUUCCCUCUCUUUCUUGUUCUCUCUGCCCCAGUCAGCAAAAUUUGAAUGUUCAUUGUUGGAAAUUAUUUCUUUUGUUUGCUUCUUUGUUAUCUUAUCUAAAACUUCAGUUAAAUGUGCAAAGUGCUUGACAUUGUGGAAUUUGUAUACAUUAAAUAGCAAUACUGCAAUAUCAACAUUUCACCUUUUUUGUUUUUGAGGAUAAAAUGCUGUCAAGUUGUUCUUAAUAAAUAUUUUCCUCUGAA